AUGGACUUGAUAUGCAGUACUGUGAAGAAGAAAACAUCAAAGCUCCGAACGCGGAACAUUGUGACGGGACUCGCAAUGGGAGCGCUCGUGUUGGGUAUCUAUGGCUACACGUUUUAUUCAGUCUCCCAGGAGCGGAUCAUGGAUGAAAUCGAUGAGGAGGCCAAGCGUGCCAGACUGAAGGAACCGAAGACCGGAGAGCCAAUUGAGGAAAACCAGGCUGCCAGUCUCUUUAUGGACCAUGUGCUUUGUCCUGCUCUUAAUAAGGAGAGGAUGGACGAUGCCACAUUCCAUAACUGGCUGUGUUUUUUUUUAAUUUUUUGA